AUGAUUCCAACCGCUCCGAUUUUUUCUCAAGUGCCGCCGCAAGUCCUGUAUAUCCUUAUUUUCGAGCCAGAGUACGACGGCGCCAGCCUGCACACACUGUUCCACACGACAAUACCGCCGUCGAACUCAGAUACGGAGAGCGACUGCCCGACACCAGCGAUGGUUCACGGCCGGAUCCUUACCGCCCUCCAGGAUACGACCCCGGAGUGCGGAGUUACGGCUCGCCCUACGGGACGCAUGAGGGGCGAGGCUGGAAUGAGCGCCGGCCCAGUCGGGUUUGGACACCGGGCGGGCAGAGAAAUCCCGCAGACAGGGAGAAUACGGAGGAAUACUCUGAGGACUUUUUUUCAGGACGACGACGAUUAUGUGGACUACGACGACAAUGAUAGCGUUUGGGCGUAUGUGCGGGUCGGCGACAAGUUCUCUUACUGGAUGCCGCGUCCCGUGACGCGGAGAACGCCGACGCUGAUGCCGACACCAUCGCACAGUCGCGACGUGGACCCAGAUGAACGCCACUACCGAGUUUCGUCGGCUGCGCGGAAUGGCGGGGAGUACGCGGACGCCGACGGAGAGACGAUCGCGAUCCAGCGCGGGCCAACACAACACCACCAUCAUGCAUACACAUUGCUCCACCACCCGUUCCCAGAUGUCAAUGAAGACAACAACGACGGACCAGACCCGCACCACCGCCCGCUGGACUCGCGACUACGGUCCUCGCGGCACCGCGAUGCAGAACGGGUCGAGAUCCUGCGAACGCCCUGGCCGCGCGACGCGUACAACUCUUGGAGGCAUGGUUACAGGGAAGGCGGGAGUGAGACGGAUCAUCCCCACACGCGCCGGAGCGACUCGAUACGCACGCACUCCGGUGACGUGAACGAGGGGCCGGUCGCGAUCCUACGCGUGCCGGUGCACAGCCACCGGUACCGUCCAAACAGCCAGAACUACCGAGACGACCGGUACGACGACGACCGCAGCUCGUUCGCACGAAAUCACUCGGGCACCGCUGAUGAACCGCGCGUUCAGAUCCUGCGCGGGCCGAGAACGACGCAUUGGCACGGUGGCAACGACGGCGACCAUAACAACCGCACGCACUCGGGUUGCGUGGGGGAAGAGCCCGUCGCGAUCCUGCGGCGGCCGGAACCGAAAUGGCAGUCACAUGGUUGGAGACUCCUUAAACCGACACCUUUGCGACCCAUUUUGACUCCCGGCUUUUCUCCACCACAUCAAUAG